AUGGCUUCCAUUCAUGAUCUAAAUCGCCCACCAAAUCCCUUCUGGGAUAAUCUGGCCGCUUCCUUUGAGGAUCAUCCUUUCUUUGCUCCUCGAGGCCACCAUCAUCACCCUCACCACGGCCCUCCCCCUCCCUUCUGGGGUUGGGGCGGCCACCACCAUCCUCGUCACCACCACCACGGACCCCCUCCACCUCCAUUCUGGGGAUGGGGUCCCCACGCCGACGAAGAGGAUCACCCCCGAGGCUCUGAGACCCCUCGUGCCCAAACUACCGAGCCCACCGCUGGCCCAUCUAGCUCUACUGAAAAGAGCCGCGACGCAGAGAAGGGAGCAACCUCCUCCUCCGAGCUGGAGACCGAUAACGAAAAGCGUCCCCGUGGCCGAUGUGGCAAGGGUAAGCACCACGGUCGUGGUGGUCCCCAUGGACUCGGUCGAGGACGAGGUGGCAGAGGCCGCUGUGGACCAGGCCAUGACCACCCCGGCUUUGGACCCUUCGGUCACCAUGGACGAGGUGGUCACCACCAUGGAGGCCGUGGUGGGCGAGGCAGACACCACGGCGGUCCUCCCCCUCCCUUCGGUGCAGGACCAGGAUUCCCAAAUUUCGACUUCUUGCGCAACAUCGCCUCUCAGUUUGGAAUCCAGUUGAACGGCCCAACCCCCGAGGGCGUUGACUUUGUUCCAUCUGUGGAUGUCUUCGACACACCGACCAACUAUAUUGUGCAUCUUUCUCUUCCCGGCGCUAAGAAGGACGACUUGAGCAUCGAUUACGAUCCCGAUGAGUCUGUUCUGCGCCUUGCAGGUGUCGUCUACCGCCCUGGUAUCAGCGAAGACCUGCACGAAGCUCUUGCAUUGGAGGAGCGUGCCCGUGAAGUGGGUGUCUUUGAACGUGAAGUCCGCCUCGGAACGCACGAGGCUCCUGCUGCAAUCUCCAUCCAUGACAUCACCGCUAAAUUGGAGGAUGGUGUUCUGAACGUGACUCUCCCAAAGAUUGCACCGGAGCCUGAGUCCAAGAAGAAGGUUGUCGUUGAAGACGGCAACACUGUGAAUGAGAAAGACGCUAUGCAGGUGGAUGAGAAAGCUAGCGAGACCUUGACUCCCUAUGGAUCCGAUGAGAGUGACUCUGAGGAUGGGGAGACCAAGGAAUAUGUGAAGGUCCCAGUUAAUUAA